ACCGAUUGUGAAUCGUUCCGUCAAUCGCCAUAUUGAUUUUAGACGAAAAAUCUCAAGCAGCCACAUUGGAUCGUAACAUCUAGUUACAUUAAAAGUAAUAAAUUUUCACAGCUCUUUCGGAGACCUCAAGGAAUUUUAAAAAAACGUUUCCAUGAAUAGGACCCAACUGUAACACGCUGAGCCGCAAAAAUAGUUAAUUCAACUGAUAAAUAUCAACUAUACUACGACAGCAUUUGUACUGCAUAACAAAGCCGGAUAGAGAAACUUUGGAACGAAUCAUUUGCCCACCAAACACACGAUAGUGAAAACUUGGUGCUUCGCAAAAGUGGAAGAAUACAGUAAGAGCGAACAUUUUGAUUUACAGAUAUUAACAACACACAUCCAACGGCUGACAAAAUAAAAUACUGAAAUGUCUUCUAUGAGUCACCGGCAGAAACGUGAUGUUGGAUAUGAUCACGAUACGCGGAGGGACGAACGAAAAAGACGCAGCCGCUCCAGUAGUCGUUCGCGUCAUCGUCGCUACAAUGACAGCCGUAGUCGUAGUCAAUCUGUAGACUAUCGUAAGCGUCGUAACAACAGACGUUCUCGUAGUCGUAGUCGCAGUAGAAGCUACAAUCGAAGAGAUAGAAACAACUCUAGCCGACGACAUAGAGAUUCUCGUAGUCGUUCUAAUACACGUUCACAUCGUAGUAGCAAAAGGGAUUCACGCUCACGCAGCCCAGAAAAACGUUCACGUAAUAUAAUGGAUGCUGAUCGAAGACAAUAUGAUAACGGAGCGAAGUGUUCUACAAAUAAUUCAACGGAAAGCAGUCGUUCUAAAACAACAGAUUUCGAUCAGCAAAAUACGCCAGAUCUGCAACAUUUACCUUUACCCAAGCGUGAACCCAUUGGAGCAUACUACAACCUCGAUACAGAUGAACCAAUCGAUAAAGAGCGCAUACAUCGUGAAAUGGAAGAGAAAUUGCGACAAGCACUUGCUAAGGAAGGCAAGGUGUAUCCACCGAAAAAGCCCGAGGCUUCACAUCCAGUAUUUGCAAAUGAUGGUUCGUUUUUGGAGAUUUUCAAAAAAAUGCAAGCCCAACAACAACAUCCACAUGUACCAGUUGCCACUGCGCCUGCCAUUGUUGCACCUAUCGUGGCGCCACCUGUGUUAGCGUCUACCUCAAAUGCAGCCGCAUCAAGUAACAAAGUUGUACCACCACCGCCGAUAGUCGGACGUCGGCGUGGUGGAAAAAUUCUUAAAACCGGUGUGGUGGCUAAGCCAAAAGCUCAAGCUGAACAAGGUGAUGAUCCGAAAGACUUUUGGUCGCUGUACUUGGCAGAGGUUAACAAAUAUAAAAAUCACGCGUGUGAUUCGGACGGCGGCACAAGGCCACUGGUUAAGUGAACCUAAAUAGACGUUAAAUAGAACUUGAGUGAAAUGAAUACUUCGAGUUUUCCCCAAAAUGACAUGAAUUCUGUGCAUAAACCUAAAAAACAAUAUACAUACAUAUAUAAAUUA